CUUAACGCCGAGAAGCUCCGAGAGGGGGAGGUGGGGGCCAUUCUAAUGUUAUAUGUUGCAAGUGGACAGCACAUCUUUCACAACCACACUCACUCCUGCAUCACCUUGCGACAAUGGCGUCCUUGUUAACCGCCGUCGGCCUCACGCAAGGCCCUUUGUCGACGCCCAUCCCUAAUUACGGCCCGGGCUUCCUCAUCUUCCACUUCGUGUUCGCCUAUGGCGUCCUCUCCUCGCGCACUCUCAAACAGUACUACGGCAUCGACCACCAGGAAUCUCCCCGCCAGGACCUGAGCAAGUACGGCGAGGCGGCCGUGCGGGAGGGCAAAAUCACCCGCAAGCAGCUCGAAAAGCUCCAGCGCAACGAAGCGGCGCAUGCCAACUCCGUCGAGAACUACACCCUCUUCGUCGCAGGAAUUACCCUUGCAACCUACGCCGGCGUACCGCGGACGACGAUCAAUGCGGCGUGCUUGACAUACACUGUGGCGCGGGUUCUCUAUGCGAUCAAUUACAUUACGGCGGAACGGCCAGGGCCCGCUAUGUGGCGAGGCCUCUUUUGGUGGGCCGGGAAUCUGAGUUGUCUUACACUGCUGUGGAAGGCUGGCCAGGCACUCAGUAACUAGGUGGUCUCACGUGUCGAUAACAUGUCACUGCUUCUGUUCUUCUAAACAGACAAUGACUUAAACAAAGUCCCAGUAGCCUGUAAAUAAUAGCUGAUCCUGUAAUACAAGAACAAUUCCGUAUAUCAUAGUAUCUAUGCAGGCUCAAG